CUGUUGUUAUAUAACAGGGAGGAACCAUCGCAGUGUUGUCUUGUUUUGUUGUUUUAGGUCCGUGGUCUCAGAGUAACAAACAUGAUGUGGAAGGUUGUUCUCCCGGCACUUGCGGCGGUUUUCACCGUCGGUCUGUGCGGUUUGAUUGGGGGUCCAGUUGACGUACCAAUCAAUUCUGAAGGGGUUGAAAAUGCCCUUAACUUUGCCGUGGCCGAACACAACAGGCAGAGCAACGGUUUGUUCCUGACCAAACCACAGGAGGUGGUGAAUGUUCAGAGGCAGGUGGUUUCUGGCUACAAGUACAUCAUAACUGUGAAAAUGGGGAAGACCCCCUGCAGGAAGAACAAUGUCACUGAGCUGUGUGCCAUCCCCGAGGACCCAGCACUGGCCCAGACCUACCUGUGCACAUUUACAGUGUGGGAGCAACCAUGGCUCCAUAAGAUGCAAAUGAUGAAGCAGACAUGCUAAGGAGAAGCAGAAUCAUCUUCAUUCCUGCAGAUGGAGCGCUAAAGUAUUAACAUUUCAGUUUGCUGCCUAUGCUGUCUUUUAACUGUUGAUUCAAUCUGAGAACCUUUAACAGUGUUUCCAAUGUCAGACUAACCUAUGCACUGAGGCGAUAUAGAGGAGUCCUCUUAAUACAUAAUAGCAAAACCAAGCAAUUAGCCAUGACUUGUGAACUGAAUUUUUGAUAAUCCUUUCAAAAACCACACAGUGUUUUUAAAUGAAAUAAAAUGUAGCUGCAUGUUUACUUCA